CGGCCUGAACGCGCUGCGAGCGUCGUCAGGUAAUCGCAGCGGCGGGCGGUUUCUCGAGGGAGGCUUGACCCGGCGUGGCUUUCUUCGGGCUCAGCGCGUGGAGACCCAAAAGUUGCACAGUACUACUACUUAAUCUGAACUGCAGAAAACUUUCAAGGAAAUGUAAUACCCUUCGGUAUGUUUUCUAUCAAUGUACUUAAUCUAUGAAAAUUUAUAGCACCGUGUAGCCAUAUUCAUUAAUUCAUAAUACUUUCAUAUUGUUUAGCACAGAAUAGGAUUAAUAGUACAGUUGUGAUUCUUUGUCAUCAUGGACAUAGGCAAACAUUUUUGGUGUUUCUGUCAUGUGUAUGUUCUCAUGGUAUUUAUUUGUAUAAAUGCUGUAUUAUAUCAAACUGAGUGGAACCAUUUCAGAUAGCAACUGUAAUAGUGAAAUUGAUUAAACGCAUCUGAAAAUGGCAUUUCUUAACAUGCAUCCCAAACAUCAUUACAUUGGAGCAGUGACAUUCUAACUCAUAUUUGUGUAUAGCUAAUAUUAAAUUCUGUUAUACUUCCCAUGCCAGAAAGUGCAUUAAAAGUGAUUGGAUUUUUAAUAUUUCAUAGCAUUCUUCAUGAAAAAUCGUGCUUGCUUUUCAUAUCCAACAUCACUGUUUUUCACUUCCUUUAAUUGUUCAUUAUGUUCCACUGUGAUAGGCUGCCAACAUAUGUUAAGAAGCUCCAAUAUAGCCAUGUUGUCUAACUUAUUGCCAAAAACUCCCCCCCCACCUCUACAAUAAACUAUGAUAUAGUAGAAAUCACUAUAUUGUCAAUAUGUACAAGAUAUUUGUCAGUGUGUUUCAGGUAGCUACUUUGUUUAAUCUACAAUGAUAAUGAUAUUGUUAGUAUUUUUUGUCAGAAGUUCACAAAGAAAGAAUUAUAGUCUAUGAGUUAGAGAUAAAUAAUGCUAAUUGUAAUCAAAAUGUUUUUCCUCAAACUGUAGCUUUGUAUCUCAACCUUUCAGCUUCCAGAACUAGCACUGAUGAAGUUACCUACUUAGGGUAAUGAAACCUCUGCGAGAAAAAAAGCAAGCUCAGAGAGCACCAACGACCCCUCAUUUCAACCCUGAGCUACACAUAUUCUCCUUUACCUUCCAGCUUUGCCCAGUUUCUAUAACAACACAGUGUAGAAACAAUACUCUUUUUAACAUAGUAGUAGAGUUGUAACAUUGGAAUAUAAACAGCAUUGCUCUUCUAAUUUGAAUUCUUAAGUCAAUAUGGCACAGAACAAUCUUUAUAUGAAGAAUCUGACUUCUAGAUUGAAGAGUCUUACCUUGUCCAUUGGUUUGGAUUUCUUGGAGCUGUAACCAUUCCUCUGGAGAAAUGGAGAAACUCUGCUCUCCCCCACAGACAUAAUUGCAAGGUCAUGAUUGCAAGGUCAUAGCACCAUUACAUUCUGCUAUGAAUUAUGGUAUCUCUGCAUAGAGUAUCUUAAUGACACAGUUUUUAUUUGCUGUGCAUUGUUUGUACUUUUUGCACUAAGGACAUGUAAACACAAGGAUAUCGCAUAUACACCAAUAGAUGAAAGAACUAUACGUCAUGAGAAUUAAUUUACUUAACAGUAGCCAUAUAGGAAAGAUUGAUAGUUUUAUACAUUUGUUCAAUUUACAGGAUUUUUUUCUAUUUCAUUGAACAGCAAUCCCCAGUUUCUUAAAUAACUUUCAUUUUUAUCAAGUUGAUCUUCUAUAUCAAGUGAUGCCAUUUAUUUUGAUCAUGAUUAUUUUAUAUUUCUACAUUUAUGCUACUUCCUGUGUUUUUCUUCUGCAAAAAAUAUACAUGUGUUUUUAGAACAAUUAUUCCUGCCCAUGUUCCUGAUUUAUGAUGAAAAUCAUAAUGAAUAUGGAAUCAAUCACAUUCCAGAUGUCAGCUCUUAAAGGAAAUAAGAAAUAAUGCACAUAGAUUUGGUAUCCUGCUGCAGAAUAGGGCAACAUUGCAUCUAUGUCUAAGAUAGUUAAGAGUUUUGCAUUUUUCACAUAGAAAAAUGAAUACUGUAUAAUAAAGUAAUGAUAAUAAAGGAGCAAUAGGCAGGAUUUCUAAUUAUGGACAGCCAAUCUAUAUUAAAGAGGUUGCUGGAGUAAUCUAUCUCAGUGAUAAAGAUACUUAUUUCCAUAUCUGGCAUUUCCACAUCAAUGCCUGGCCUUUUGUAUACAUAUACUGCAUUUCUGAGUGCCAUAGCACCAAGAACUUCAAAAUCCCAACCGCAUAUUUCAAGUUCAUCUAGAUCUGAUGCUUAGUUUAAUGUGUGUAUUAAUACAUAUCUUAUCCUCUGUCUUUAUCUUUUAAAAAUAUGUACAGAAUUUGUAAGCUAAUUUGGAUAGGUCCAAUGUACCUUCACGUGUAUACAAAUGUUCCUAUUUGCAUUUUUAAGUUUAAUGUUUUCUUUUUAAAUAGUAUAUUGAAAUCUAAGAUUUCCCUAGAAAUAAAAACAAGAAAAAAAGUAUGUGUUUGUAUGCUUGUAUAUCACAAUAUUCAAACAGGCAAGUUCACCCUCAACCUUGGAAACUCAUUUGAUAAAGUCAAGCUGUUUUGAGGAAACUUUAGGGGAGAGAAUGCUGUGCAUGUCAUUUUGAACUGAAAGAAUGCAUGCUAUUUCAAGGAUAGCCUAUUAGAUAUUUUGUUUUGAUUUGUCAUUGACCAUAUUUAUUGGAAUAGAGCCCAAAAUAGGUGGAGGAAGCCUGUUAUUUGUCUCUACACUAUCUGAACUAAAUAGUUCUUAGUAAGUUCCAGUUCAUAUUUGAUUCUUAUGCACAUAGUUUAUAUAUGAAACAGGCAAUAGAUAAAGUUGGUUAAGGAUUCUAUGUACAUUCUUUCAUGUUUAUAUGCACAACAUGAGUAUAGAUUUUAUUCAAAAUUGUUGAAUAAAACAAAUGUGGCAGUGGCAUUUACACACUCUUAAUGUAGCAUUAAUUGCAGGAUAUCAUAGUUCUGCACGCAAUUAGUGCAUUUUACCAAAGACAAGUGGAUUUAUAUAAGUAAACAUUUUCAUAAGAAGAACACUUACAAAAUAGAGUUUUGGUAGUAGUAAUAAAAGAAUGAGCUCUAAAGCUUCCAAAUUAAUUUAGAUAUUUUAAUUAGUUCUCUCAGUUUUACAGGACUGAGGAAAACAUUACCUCUCAGGUUCCUAAAUCCCCAUGUUUAAUUUUUGAGAUACAUUUGCUGUUCUCUUGAUUAUUUUAUAGUCCUGUGUUAUUCUAUAGCCUCCCUAUGAUUAUUUGUGCCCCUCUUUCUUUCACAUUUCUUGUAGUUGCACUGCAUUAUAUAAUUCUUUUUAAAGUUACCUUCUAAAUCAGUUGUUGAAAUCCUGAUCAUUCUAUUAGAGCUUUUGUAAUACUACACCAUAAUUAACAUUCAUUAAAGCUAACAAGAAAAGGAUAGGAAGCUAAAGCUGUGACCACAAACCUUCCUAAGCAUAGUCCUAAAAGGCAGGUAGUAUUGUGUGCCAUCAUGCAUGAUUAUAUCACAUAUUCCUGGGAUAAGCAGCUACAACUGGAUCAGGAUCAGCUGUCACUUGAUUGUUAUGAGGAAUGAAGAUGUCAACUGUCAUCAGUCUCCUGAUGUAAUUAAGUUUCUUGUGGAGAGAAGAACAUAACUCUCUUUCUGGUUGAGACAAGAGCUCUGCAUUGAACAAACUGAGGCCAGUUCUUCUUGUGAUACCCUGCAUGAUUUUCUCUGCUUUACACAAAAAGAUUAUGCCAGUGAUGGCUAACCUUUUUGUUGUCGCAUGCUGAAAGUGUGUGUGCACGCACAUCCAUAAUACAAUGUGUGCGCCAGCCCCCAGUACCCCCAUGCAUGCACACACAACCACCCCGUGUGCACCCCACCUCUGCACAUGUGCACACCCGCCCCCCGUGCAUGCCGACACGAUCCCCACAUGUGCCCUUCACAUGUGUAGCAGAGAUUCGAAAACCAGCUGGCUAGCAGGAGGCACACGUGGUGCAACUGAGCUGGGGUGACGGCUCGCAUGCCCACAGAGAGGAAUCUGCGUGCCACUUGUGGCAUGAGUGCCAUAGGUUCGCCAUCAUUGAUUUAUGCCAUCACCACCUUCCCUAGUUGGUGGAAGUGUAGGACAGCUGCACUUCCACCAACUUCUCCCCAGACUGUUCUUGAUCAUCAGGAAUAUUUUUCUGAAAUAGAGUUCUCUUCGCACUUGUAUUUAUCUGGAGUUUGCCCCCUUGUAUCUUGCUGGGGUUCUUGCAAACAGGAUUGAUUAUAGGAGGAAUGGGUCUCAAAAAAAGGAGGGUAAUACUCAAGCACCUGUGAAUUCGAGGAACAGGGCUAUUGGGCCACACAUGGAAGUCUAGCAUACAAUGUCUGUCUGCCUAAACCUAGCACCAUUGCAUUAAUAGGACCAAAUGUUGAAGUCAUAAUCUGUCAUGCGUUCGGAUCUGAAAAAGAGCAUAGCUAGUGAUUGAAACGUUCUCUCUCGUUUGUAAACACAGAUCAACUGCAGUAGUAUUUUAAAGAGCGUUGAGGUGAUUAAUUCACCUGUUUUAUAAGAGAUGUACAUUUUUAAGUUUAGUUUGGUGGCAUUAUAUCUCCACUGUGGUGUAUAUCACAUUUCCCUACUCUAUUCUUUGUUAUUUAUUUUGAUAUACAGUAAUUAAGUGCUGUCCUCUUAUCCCAUUCCCACACAUUUAUUUCUAGACUAUGCUUUCUAAGAAUUGCUAUGGGAAAAAUGCUUAUGUAACUUUUUUUCUGUCCACUUUUUAUUUUUCAGAAUAUAUGGGAAAAACUCCUUAGAACUUGAAAAUGUUACAAGUGACAUGGUAAUUUAGCCAGUGCCUCAGAAUGAUGGAUUCCCUGAAGAUUGGAAAUGGUUUGCAAGUGACUGAUGUAGGGACAUCUGCACUCCACAUGGUGGGGUAUUUGGGAAAAAAUUGUAAUUCUGCUGAAGAAACUCCAGAUGGAUGCUGCCCAGCCUGUAAAAGGAUUGGUUUGAUGCGACACAUAAGACAAUACCACAUCAAUUUUGAAGAAUCUAUUUUUCUGUGUGAAAAUCCACAGUGCAUUUACCCUCUAGGGUCUGCACCGCUAAGCACUAUUGUAAUUCCCAGUGAUGCAAAAGGUUAUUCAUCUCAGGGCACUUGUGGGAAAAGAAAGUUAUUUGGCACAAACCUAUUGACCUCUUCUAUUGAACCAUGCUUAAAAUUGAUUAGGACUGAUGACUUGAUGGACACUGAGGAGACAUCCAGAUCUGAUUUUAUUCCCAACUGCAAUGGAAAUAAUCCAAUUAGGACUCCAUCAGGUCAGUCUGAUUUUUCAGAAGCCAAGCAGCCAACUUUUUCUGAUGAAGCUGAAUCCAUCAACCAGAAAAUGGGCUUGGGAGCUCAAGAACACUCACCAGAAGUGCUCAGUGUGCAAACACAGUUAUUGUCAGCCCCUGAGAUGGCUCCGUCAGUGUCUCAGGAUCUGCAACAAAGCAAGUCAUCUGUGCAGGAGCCUUUGCGGCUUCAGUGGAGAAAUACACAUGCUCUCUGCUGGUUAGAUUGCAUUCUGUCAAUACUGGUACAUUUGGAAACAUUAAGAAUGCUUACUGGACUCUCCAAAAACACGUCGGUAUUCCAGAAUCUGCUCACGAAAUAUAAUGAAGCUGCUGCACUUGUGAACAAUUGCCAAAGGGAUGAACUUGCUUCAGAAGUUCCUUUGGAUGCUUUGGCAAGAGCUGAAUCUCAUUUAAAUGACAUCAGGAGUACCAUAUUUCUUCAACUUCAGCCAUUGCUUGGGUGUAAAUUUGGGGAGGAAGAAAGUCCAGUUUUUGCUUUUCCAUUACUUCUGCGGAAAGAUCGUCAUAUAGAGAAUCUCUUUCUCCAUUCUUUCUCCUGGAAGUUUGAAUGUUUGCAGUGUGGCUACCACAGCAACAACAGUUGUCAGCAGGCAAUGACAACGUUUACAAAUAUAAUCCCAGAGUGGCACCCACUGAAUGCUGUUCAUGUUGCUCCCUGUAAUAAGUGCAAUCACACGUCUCAAAGAAGAAAAAUGGUUUUAGAAAAGAUCUCCUCAGUUCUGAUGGUGCAUUUUGUUGAAGGCUUGCCACAUAACAAUUUGAUGGCCUACUCCUUUCAGUUUCAAGAAUAUUCAUAUCAAGUAACAGCCGUGGUUCAAUAUCAGAAGGCAAAGCACUUCAUAACCUGGAUCUUGACUUCAGAUGGAAUAUGGCUUGAGUGUGAUGACUUAAAAGGUUCAUUCUCCAGAAGACACCAUACUUUUGAGGUUCCUUCUGCAGAAAUACAUAUUGUCAUUUGGGAAAGGAAGCCGCCACAAAUGACCAACUAUUUGGAUUUACAAGUUGAAGAAACAAUGACGGCACCAUCAAAAACUCCAGUUAAAUACUCUAAUGAUGAAACUGCAGAGAGUGUACCUCUAACUUGUCAUAAGGCAGUUGACAUGCUGAACACACAUAUAAAGGAAGUAAAAAACUUAGCAAGCAAUCAGAAAAAUAAUUUGCUUCAUGGCUUGGGCAACCUGUCUGAUGAUGAUGAUGAUGUAACACUGAAUCUUGACUCAGGUGGACAACUGUUAGAAGAUAGAGCUAUAGAAAAUAAGCAGAUAGUCAGAACAGGUCCAUUACAGUUGCAAGAGUUGGAUCAGAAAGAUAUGUGCCCACCAACCCCUGAAGGAGAUACUCAAAAGAAAAGUGUAGUGUUAGGAAAUACCAGUGCUCCCAGGCAUGAAGGACAGCCAAUUAACGCAAGUAACCUAGUUACUACACCAUCAGUUACUUUAAGUAAUGGCAAAAUAAAUUUCUCAUCCAAAAUACUAUUACCACAAGGGGCAGAAACUGCAGUCACCUUAGUUCCAGUAGAAGAGAGCAGCAAUUGCCAUCCAAAGAAUCCUCAGAAGAAAACCAACGAAACAAAAUUGGGAAACACUAAGUUGGGAACGUCUAAUGUUGUAGAGUUCGGUCAAGAAAUAAAAAUAAAUCCCCAAAUUUCUGCUCCAUCUCACCAAAAUCCUACCUUUCACUCACCCAGUACAAAUGGAAUUAAGCCAUCUGUAGCCAGUUGGGUAAAUGGCUUACUUGGAAAAUAUUCUUCCUUUAUGCCUAAAAGUGCGGUGGUUCCGAGUAAACCAAAAAACUGCAAAAAAUCAGUGCAAAAAGAAACAAAGUCCAGUUCACUUGUUAGGCAAGCAGGCCACUUCCGUGGUUUCCAAACUAAAUCUUCGCAAAAAAGUAAAGUGGCAACAUUAAAUUCUUCAGCUAGAACUCUUCCAACAUCUCCUCUGACCACUUUUUCUCUUGCAAACAUCCGUGUCAAAAAUCUUGUCCCUGCUAGAAAAAGUGAAGCUGUAACUAAAAGAACAGCUUCAUUGGAUGCUUUUCCUAACCAAGAUUUACUGAAAAAUGCCCACCAUGAAAACCAGAGUUUUAUAUCUGUUGAAAAUACUGGGUCAUUUAUUGAUAAAACUCAUCAGCUACGCGUAACACUUUUACAGCAGCUUAAGGCUAAAAAAGAGAAAUUAGCUUCACUAGAUAAACUGGUAAAAGCUAAGGCAAGACACAAAAACUCUUGCAAAAAAACUAUCAAGGACCAGACACGAAAACAGAUGGAACCUUUGCAGACAAGGUUGUUAUAUACCCAAGAAAUGCAGGCUGAUGUUUGGGAUAGUAAAUCCAUUAAUUCUCAAAGCACUGACAUGUCCCAAUGCAGCAGUUCAAAUUAUGAUGACAUUUUAUCUGAGCUGCUGUUGUCUCCAGCUACAACUGUUGGUUCUUUAGAAUUUCCACAGGAAGAGGAAUGUAGAUACCUGGAAAUGGGAGGUGACAGUUCAGACAUGCCGAUAUCUAUUGGCAAAAAUAAUGAUGACCUUAAUUACUUGAGUUCUCUAAAGGAAAAUGGACUUGAAGACCACAGAAACCCAUCAGCACUCAAAUCGCCUUUGAAGAAAUUUGAUUUUGAAAGUUCUGCAAAACAGGAUCUUCUGGAUGAUUUCUUUUCAUGUUCAUUGAAUUCAAUAAUGACUGACACUGAAGAUUUGCAUCACUUUGAUGAAUCGUUGUUAGCUUGGUAAAUUGUGUUUUAACAAUUUCAGUAUUUCCCUUUGGUUGUCUUUAAAGGAGAGUAUGAUUUAAAAUUCAACCUAAUUUGCACUUGACUAUUUAAAAUGAUUGUUUUUUAUAUUUUUAUUCUUAAUAAAUUGGGUUUGUUUUUCUGCCUCAAAACCACUAUUCGCUGGAAGAGAUGAGCUGAUUCUUGUACAAAGUAGCAGUGAUAAAGUUUUGACAUUUUAAAAGCCAUUGUAACCAAGUAGUAUUCACCUAGGAUCUUUCUAAUCUAUGGCUGAGCUAAAAAAUGCUUCCCAAGAAUGUAAAAAU